CACUGCACAGGGCGGCCCUUCAGUUGGUCGUCCGCUCUUGUAUGCUGGCCCAACCGUGACCGGUAGGUACUUCCUUUCAAUCAUCAGCUCAACAACUCCCAUCAAGCAAAACACGGGUCUGUGAAGCUUGAACUUUCCUUUCCUGCACCGAACUCCGAGUACACAGCUUGGAUUGAAUUACCUAGGUAGUUAUCCAUCGACAACGACGACGAAGCAGUUUGCCCUUGGCCCUCGCUUAACAACGCCGACGACGAAGUCACCCCCAUAGAUACCUCCCUCUCUACCUCUAGUGCUCCAUUCCCCGCCUAGAGCUAGAUCCACUGCGACUCUGCCAGCUGCUGCUGCUAAAGGUGCUUGCUCCAGGCUUGCAAGAAGGGCGCGCUUCGCGAGAUCGCCCCAAGCAACUCGAACUCAUACCUCUGCUCUAUUAGGUUGCCCACCAAAACGGCGUCAUCAUCACCGCACCACAGCAUUCCAACAUCACCCACCGCGCCAACGCAACCGUCAACCCCCACCACAUCAUCACCCCGUUUCCCAUCGACCAUCGGGCCGUUACCAACACAGCAACCACGACCUCCAGCCCAGCCAGCCUAUAACCAAACCCGGAGCCGCUCCAGAUAAGGAACCACUUGAGCACGGAAGCUAUUGGGGUGGAAAGGAUCUCGACAUGACGGACAAGGAUACCAAGAAGUCGGGAAAGCAAGGCGAGGACGAAAUGACCGUCGUAGUCCCCCCUCCCAAGAACAAGCAGAACUCUGCGCAACCUCCCAACGACGCCGAUGGCGACAUUGCCAUGGAAGACGACACCAAGGCCGGCGAGGUUGAGGCCCAGGUCGACCCCGUCGCCCAAACCAUCAGCGACAUCAAGAGCAACUUUGCGCUGCUAGACCGUGCUGUUGCCCUGUUCGAUCCCAGAUUCUCUCUACGGGCACUGCGAUCCAUCUCGUCGAUCCGGAAACGCCUGACGCCCGACAUCCUCGCACAAGUCGUCUCAGAAACCUUCUCCGCGUCCUCACCCAAUACUCAAGUUGCCGAGCACCUGCUGCUCGCUGUCGACCGGCCAAAUGUGACUCUCGGCAGCAGCUCAGACAUGGAGAUCGACUCGGGAUCCAAGUCGCCAGCGAAGAACGGUGGCAAGAAGGACCCCAAGGAGGUGAUUCCUGAGAUCGACAUCUUCCUAGGCAUUCUGGCGCAGGUCCACCUCUACGACACCAAACAGUUCCAGCGCGGAUUCGCCCUGUCGCGUUUCCUAUCCGAGCGUAUCCAGUCCCUCAACCGCCGCACAUUAGACAGCCUUUCGGCCAAGGUGUACUUUUACUUCUCGCUCUUUGCCGAGCAGCUCGCUCCCCUCCCGCCUUCCCCCCAGUCGCCGAUUGUGUCGAUCCGCCCGAUCCUCCUCGCCGCUCUCCGAACCGCCGUGCUACGAAAGGAUAUCGACACCCAGGCUUCCGUCAUUGUCCUCCUGCUCCGGAACUACCUCCUCACGUCGCAUAUCUCCCAGGCCGAUCUGCUGGUGCAGCAUACCCAGUUCCCCGAGAACGCUGCCAACAACCAGGUCGCGCGUUUCCUGUACUACCUCGGCCGUGUCCGGGCUAUUCAGCUACGGUACACCGAGGCCCAUGAGCAUCUCACUGCGGCGACACGGAAGGCUCCCUCGAGCGCCUGCGCACUUGGCUUCAGCCAGACGGCCACCAAGCUCCUGCUCGUCGUAGAGCUCCUCAUGGGCGACAUCCCCGACCGCGCCAUCUUCCGUCAACUGACCAUGGAGGCCACUCUCCACCCGUACUUCCUGCUCGUCCGCGCCGUGCGCGUCGGCAACCUCGAGGACUUCGAGACCACCAUCGCCCAGCAUGCCGACACCUUCCGCCGCGACGGCACCUAUAGCUUGAUUUUGCGUCUGCGCCAAAACGUCAUCAAGACGGGCAUCCGCAUGAUGAGUUUGAGCUACAGCCGCAUUUCGCUCCGCGACAUUUGCAUCCGCUUGCACCUCGGCAGCGAGGAGAGUGCCGAGUACAUUGUGGCCAAGGCGAUCAGGGACGGCGUCAUCGAGGCCACGCUCGACAGGGAGCGCGGCUUCAUGAAGAGUAAGGAGGUGGGCGACGUGUAUGCCACCAGCGAACCGGCCGAGGCGUUCCAUGACCGUAUCCGCGCCUGCUUGGCUCUGCAUGAUGAGAGUGUCAAGGCCAUGCGUUUCCCCAUGAACCAGCACCGUCUCGAGCUGAAGAAUGCCCAGGAAGCACGAGAGCGCGAGCGUGAUUUGGCCAAGGAGAUACAGGAGGGCGAUCUGGAUGAGGAUGAUCUCGGUGGUGACUUUGAGGGCAUUUAAGAUGUUUAGACACACACACACACACCACACACGAGUCUAAACUACCUAGAUAGACCCCGCCCAAUACCUAUAAUUUGGUCUUGGGAAUAGUCAUCAUCAUCAUCCCUGUUGUAUCUAGUAAUCUGGUAUGGAAUCGUGCUAUCGCCGGCCAAGAAAUAAGACGGGAAGAGAGAAGAGACAGAGCCUUAUGCUAGAGAAAAUACGCUACAACCGUAUAUCACCUACCAUCUUGCCUCACUUGUUCAUUAGACGUAUCCACUGUGUAUCGGGCACAACCACCCAUCAACAUUUCAU